AAACGCACGCAGCACACUCGCUCGCCCAUUGCAUUCUCCCCGCGCAUCCCUGCUAGUAAAACCCUAGCCCAUCGGGGCAGCCACCUUCUAGAACCUUCUCCAAUGGCGCUACUCCGAGUUCUCCGGCGAGCCCUUCCGGCGCUCUCCUCGCCGGCGGCGGUUCUCCCCCGUCGCGCCCCGCAUCCGCUUCCUCGUCCCCCCGCUCCUCUUCGCUUCCUGGAUCCGAUCGGGCUCCGCCCCUUCUCCGCCGCCGCCGCCGUCACCGCCUCGCAGGCGCCGUCCAUGGGAUCCACCCUCUUCGGCGGGCUCAUGGACACCCGGUUCCCGAAGCGCCGGCCGGGCUUCGCCAACCGCCGGAAGAGGGCCAGCUUGCGUCCCAAAGGUCCAUACUACUGGGUGAAGUGCAAGCCUGACGAGCCCAUUCCAGCCAGCCAGCCGAACCAAGGGAGCGUGCGAGGGAGGAAGGAGAAGAAGCGGAUCAAGCAGCGCAAGGACUUUAUCAUGGCUGAGAAGAAGAAGCGCAGAGCACAGUAUUCCGCUGCUGUUAAGAGAAAGGAGGCAGAACGGACAGAAAGGAAGAUGGCUGCUGUGGCAAGAGAUCGUGCAUGGGCAGAAAGGUUGAUAGAGCUAAAACAGCUCGAGGAAGAAAAGAAAGCUGCAAUGGCAUAAGGGGCUGCUAUGGAAAAUGCAGGAUAAGCUCAAUCAGGCGGAGACAGCUCUUGGGAUUUGUUCAGACGACGACUAAUGGGAGCGCUGCUGCAGCCUACGAGUUUCUUUGGUGGCUUGAAUAAUGGCGGCUUGGUUGGUUACUUGGUUUACGUCGGCGCCCUGCUUUUUUUUUUUCUUUGGUUGCUUUUUAUCUUGGGUUCUGAUGUGAAGGAAUGUUGUAACACUGGGUAGACAGAAAGCGCACCAGGCGUCCGAAUCCAGGAACGUCGAGCUGCUCGAGAGAUAGCUGCUACUCUGGAGUAUUCUACUCAUAUACUGCACUCUUUCCUCAAUGCUGCUACCGCCUUGCCUUUGAGAAAACGAGGGUUUAUGCUGCUAAUCCUGCUAUGUUGUUGUGUGGUUUAAGCCUCGCAGCUGUCAGCUGGUGAUGUAACGCCUUGUUUGUUUUAUUGAUAAGCUAUUUAUUGUGAGGAAAAA